AUGUAUGUGUUAAUUGGACUGCGAUCGAAUAAAGUGGAACAGCGUGAUGUGCCUGGCAUCGACUGCGCCCACCUAGCUAUGGACACGGAGGAGGGUGUGGAAGUGGUGUGGAAUGAGGUGCAAUUCUCUGAGCGCAAAAAUUUCAAGGCGCAGGAAGACAAGAUACAAGCCGUCUUUGACAAUCUCACGCGGCUAGAACAUCCCAACAUCGUCAAGUUCCACCGCUACUGGACAGACACACACAAUGAUAAACCGAGGGUGAUAUUCAUAACGGAGUAUAUGUCUUGUGGUUCUCUGAAGCAGUUUCUCAAACGUACUAAACGAAAUGUGAAAAGACUCCCGCUGCAGGCCUGGAAACGAUGGUGCACACAAAUUCUUUCCGCACUCAGUUACCUGCAUGGAUGCGAGCCUGCGAUAGUGCACGGAAACCUGACAUGUGAUACAAUCUUCAUCCAACACAAUGGGUUGGUGAAGAUUGGAUCAGUGGCGCCUGAUGCCAUACACCAUCACGUUAAGACAUGCCGCGACAACAUGCGUAAUAUGCACCUUGUCGCGCCCGAAUAUGGAUCAUCUCAAAUGGUAACACCGGCUAUGGACAUCUAUUCUUUUGGUAUGUGUGCGCUGGAGACAGCGGCUUUGGAGAUCCAAGGCAAUGGAGACUCCGGCAGCCACGUCACAGAAGAACACGUCGCUCGAACUGUUGAAUCAUUAGAAGAGACACGUCAGAAAGACUUCAUUUACAGAUGUAUCCAGAAGGAUCCCGCAAAGCGACCUACGGCCCGUGAGCUGCUGUUCCACCCGCUGUUGUUCGAAGUGCACUCGCUUAAGCUUCUGGCAGCGCAUACAUUGGUCAAUACGAGUGCCAACAUAUCAGAGACGAUAACGGACGAGGUUUGUGGCAGCGGUGGAGCCCUGGCCUGGUGUGUGAGAGACGGGGAGCGAAGAGAGUUGGACGCUCGGGAUUUACAACCACAUGCCGAGAAACUUGAGAAGUUCGUUGAGGAUGUCAAGUACGGCAUUUAUCCGUUAACUGCUUACGGCUGGUGGUCCGGUGGGCGUCGUGCAGCUGGUGGCGGAAGGUCUCGAACGGCGACAGAGAGCGCUCCUACACCGCCAGAGCCACGCGCUCGAGACCGUGAAACACGACGAGUCGUCAACAUGAUGUGCUCCCUUAAGCCGCAGCCGCACCAUCCUGACGCUGAUGUUGCUGACUUGCUGAUGACCAUUCUAUUGCGCAUGGACGACAAGAUGAACCGUCAGCUCACGUGCGCUGUUUCACGUCGUGAUUCUGCGCACGCGCUCGCUCACGAUCUUGUGCAACUUGGCUUCAUACAUGAGGCGGAUCGCGAUAAAAUCUGCCGGCUGAUGGAGGAAUCCUUCCGCAGCAGCUUUGGCACAGCUCCCCUGCCCCCCGGAUCUGCUCCUCCGCCACCUCCUGCCGCUCUGCCCCAUCGCGCCCCUCAGCACGUCGCCAGCUAG